AUUACAUUUGAAAAACAAAUACCGCUCCUCCAGAGAGCGGGGGAAGGAAUAUCUAACCCCGUGCAUAAGAUUGAAUCAGAUUUUUCUUCUCUCCUUCAGAGAUCCGCCGGGUUUGAGGUGGAUAAGUUGGUGGUGGGUCGGCGGCGUGAAGUGGGAGAGGCUUAAGUGUGGAAAGCCUGGUCUAACAUGUUGCACAAGCCGGGAGCAGCGCUGCAGCCCCGGACUCUGAGUCCUCGUUGAAAAAGUUUGGAUAAGUUCCUGCAACUUUUUUGUUGUUGCUUUCCGCUGCUUUUUGUGUGUGUGUGUGUGUGUGUGUGGUUUUGUUCUUGGGUGGACCUUUGUAGAAGUUUCUUGUUGCCUGUUUGAAGCAAAGGGGGAAAUGGAGCGGUGGUUGGCGCUGGUGCUAUCGUUGUUGCUGACACACACCUUGCCCGGAGUCGGGGGCCAGCAGACAGACCAAGGUGGCAAUAGUGAUCCCUGGAAGCAAAUGAUCCAAUGGGAAAACAACGGGCGGGUCUACAGCCUCCUCAACACGGGCUCAGAGUACGUGCCCGCUGGCCGGGUGGCCGCACGGAGCAGCCCCAGGGUCUGGCUGGGAGGGGGCAGCGUAGGGCACCCGGGCAACAGGCAGAGCAGACCCGGUCGGCGACAGGUACCAUCGCAGGCGGCCAGGGUCGGCUCGGACACGGUCAGAGGGCAGACCCGACACCCGUUCGGCUUUGGGCAAGUCCCCGACAACUGGAGGCAAGGGACAUUCGGAGAUCCCAGCAACACUCACAGAUACCUCCAACCAUCGCCCAGACAGGAGGCUGGUAGACCCAGACCCCGCCAGCCCACCUACCCAGAGCCCAGCUACCACCAAGUUCCCUACCCACGGUUCCCAGUUCCCUCCUACCCAAACCCCAGCCCCUACGACCCCAACCCCGAGUAUGGACCUCCCAGGGGGUUUGACACUGCGGAUGAGAGUCUACCCUACCGCCGGCUGCCCUUUGAUAGCGCCGGGGGCUACCCCUACCAAGCAAGACCCAGGUAUGGGGAUUAUGGGGAUAGUUUGCACCCCUAUAGAGCCCAGGGCCAGGGUCAGGUGCCCCAACAACCACCCGCCUACGAUGGACUGGACAGAAGGUACAUGCACAGCUUGUUCGAUGAGAGUGAUGGCCGGGCGGUUCCUGGAGGACAGGACACCUCGAGCCACUUGUCCUCCAGAAGCUCCGCCUUCCAGCCAGGGCCAUCCCUGGACGCUGGCUAUUCUAGGACGGGCCUGGUGGCCGAAGGUCCGCGCUCUGGGUUCUACUCCCAGCUCAGCCGCAAUGUUGAUCCCAGCCUUGAACAGUAUCCACUGCCCAGGGCACCUCUACCCAAUGGUGAGAUGGAACAGGGACAACAGGCGCCUGGACCACGGGUGGCUUUGGGAAGUGUCUUCAGACCGGAUCGGUCCAGCAGAGGUUUGCCAGACCUGGUGCCCGAUCCACACUAUGUCCAGGCUGCCACCUAUGUACAGAGGUCGUACCUGUACUCCCUACGAUGUGCAGCUGAGGAGAAGUGCCUGGCAAGCUCCGCCUACGCGGCUGACACCACCGACUACGACGUCAGGGUUCUACUGCGGUUUCCCCAGAGAGUGAAGAACGAGGGAACCGCGGACUUCCUCCCAAAUCGGCCGCGCCACACGUGGGAAUGGCACAGCUGCCACCAGCACUACCACAGCAUGGGCGAGUUCAGCCAUUAUGACCUACUGGAUGCGGCCACUGGCAGGAAGGUGGCUGAGGGUCACAAGGCCAGCUUCUGCCUCGAGGACACCACGUGUGAUUUUGGCCACCUGAAGCGCUAUGCCUGCACAUCGCACACUCAGGGGCUGAGUCCUGGUUGCUAUGACACCUACAACGCAGACAUUGACUGUCAGUGGAUUGAUAUCACCGACGUCCAGCCUGGGAAUUAUAUUCUAAAGCUUCAAGUAAAUCCCAAUUAUCUUAUCCCAGAAUCCGAUUUCACCAACAAUGUGAUCAGAUGCAACAUUCAUUACACAGGGCAACAGGUUGCCACUACAAAUUGUAAAAUAACACAGUCCUGAUCUUCAAGUUUUGAGUCUCAAAACACUGCCUCCAUACUGCUUGAUCUUGUCUCGUGGGGUGCGAACUUUAUCCGGGAGCGGCUGCGGUUUGGUAGCUUUCACAACCAAAGUAUCCAAGAGGUGUGCCGGGAGACCUGUGGACCUGGAGACGACCCCACUACAUAUAAACCUCCGCACUGACCCGUCAGCUAGCGCGUGCGUGUGUGUGCGUGUGUGUGCGUGUGUGUGUGUGUGUGUGUGGACAUCUGGAAAAGCCACUCUUAGCACCCCUCGUUACAAUCUAGGCAUGCCCAUUAGGAAAACCAAUGACUCUGUUGCACUUUUCAUUGGGUAAGAAACACAUGCAAGUGUAACCCCUAAGCCCAACUCACUCUUCCCUGCCUAUUGAAGAUCAGGGUUGGACUUCCACAUCAGUACAUUCCUACAUUAUCUCCCAGUUAUUGUCCAGGAUCAAGAAUAUUCCCACUUUGGUCUUGAAUGUGCUGAACUUUGGCCCAUUUCCGAACAGAUUUUGGAUUGCAUAGAAACAUAGGAAAUAGGUGCAGGAGUAGAGGCCAUUCAAGCCUGCACCGCCAUUCAAUAUGAUCAUGGCUGAUCAUCCAACUCAGUAUCCCGUACCUGCCUUCUCUCCAUACCCCCUGAUCCCUUUAGCCACAAGGGCCACAUCUAACUCCCUCUUAAAUAUAGCCAAUGAACUGUGUGGCCUCAACUACCUUCUGUGGCAGAGAGUUCCAGAGAUUCACCACUCUCUGUGUGAAAAAUGUUUUUCUUAUCGUUAGCACUGAAUGAUUUAUUUAGUUAAUUAAGCUGAAUUGUUCCACACCGCCUCGGAGAGCCUGCCUCUUGCCUCCACGCUUAGCCUUCUUCUACUUAUUAAGGAGUAAUGCCCCUGUCCCACUUAGGAAACCUGAACGGAAACCUCUGGAGACUUUGCGCCCCACCCAAGGUUUCCGUGCGGUUCCCGGAGGUUUUUGUCAGUCUCCCUACCUGCUUCCACUACCUGCAACCUCCGGCAACCACCUGCAACCUCCGGGAACCGCACGGAAACCUUGGGUGGGGCGCAAAGUCUCCAGAGGUUUCCGUUCAGGUUUCCUAAGUGGGACGGGGCAUUAUACACACAGAAACAUUAACCUGUCUUUUUCCAUUUGAGUUGAAUUGAGUUUUGUUUAUUGUCACGUGUACUGAGGUACAGUGGAACGCUUUAGUUACUUGCUGACCAGUCAGCAGAAAGACAGGCUCAUCAGUAGAAAUACUGCCUCUCAGCGCCAGAGACCCGGGUUCGAUCCCGACUACGGGUGCUGCCUGUACGGCGUUUGCACGCUCUCCCCGUGACCUGCGUUGGUUUUCUCUCAGAUCUUCGGUUUCCUCCCACACACUCCAAAGACGUACAGGUUUGUAGGUUAAUCGACUUGGUUAUAAAUGCAAAAUUGUCCCUAGUGUGUGUGUGUGUGUGUGUGUAGGGUAACUGUGUGGGGAUUGCUGGUCUGCAUGGACUCGAUGGGCUGAAGGGCCUGUUUCUGCACUGUGUCUCUAAGCUAUUCUAAACAAAAUACAUGAUUACAAUCGAGCCAUUCACAGUGUACAGAUACAUGAUGAAGGGAAUAACACAAAUAAUGUUUAGCGCAAGAUAAUGUCUGAUCAAGGAUAGUCCGAGGGUCUCCAAUCAGGUCAGGACUGCUCUCUAUUAGAUGAUUAGUUUGCCCUCUAUUUGACUUGCAGCGAAUUGUGGACGCAGCCCAGACCAUCGCACAGACCAACCUCCCUUCCAUUGACUCCAUCUCCACCUCACGCUGCCUCGGCAAGGCCAGCAGCAUCAUCAAGGACCAGUCUCACCCCGAUCACUCCCUCUUCUCCCCUCUCCCAUCAGGCAAGAGGUAGUUGCUUUCAAGAGGGAGCUAGAUAGGGCUCUUAAAGAUAGCGGAGUCAGGGGGUAUGGGGAGAAGGCAGGAACGGGGUACUGAUUGGGGAUGAUCAGCCAUGAUCAUAUUGAAUGGCGGUGCUGGCUCGAAGGGCCGAAUGGCCUCCUCCUGCACCUAUUGUCUACUGGUAUGGAAGUGUGAAAACGCACACCUCCAGAUUCAGGGACAGUCUCUUCCCAGCUGUUAUCAGGCAACUGGAGGAACUGAAAGACGGUCAGGCAGCCUCUGUGGAGGGAAUGAACUGGGAAUGUUUUGUUUCGGGAUCCAUCCUUCAUGACGCAUUUACCCGGAGAGAAGAGAGAACCUCCUGUUAUUCCCAAGUCUCGGACCAAACUAGUGGUGGAUUGGUAAGUGCCGAUAUCGUUAACAUCUUAAAUCUAUUGCAUGCAACAAACGACCUUAGUGACAGAACUACUGACUCCCACACCAGUCUGAAGAAGGGUCUCGACCCAAAACGUCACCUAUUCCUUCGCUCCACAGAUGCUGCCUCACCUUUGAUUUUUUCCAGCAUCUGCAGUUCUUUCUUAAACAUUGGUGACAAAAAAUGUCACAUGAUUGAGAUGGGAGAUAGUUUGCCAUUGAUGUUAGGAAAGCUCUUUCUGAAAGCCCAAGUGUUAACAGCGUUGUUUCAAGAGUUGGGGGAGCAGAUCAAUGGUGUUUCAAAGUCGCGGCUGCAUUUUAACCGCACACGGCAAAUGCAGAAAGGUCCUGUCCCACGUGGCCGUCAUUCGCACGGCAUUUACGUGACCUUGUAGCGUGUGGGAAGCGUGGGACGGGCGCACGGAGUGGCGUGGAGUUGUGCGCGGUAUCGAACAGCGCGCCAGGAUUUCGUGUUGCACUAAAUCUUCCCACGCUGCCGGCCUGUCGCAUAAAUGGCGGCCAAAGUGGGGCAGGGUGGCGUUUCGGGUCGAGACCCUUCCUCAGACUGAAACAUCAUCCAUUCCUUCCAGAGAUGCUGCCGGUCCCGCUGAGUUACUCCUGCAUUUUGUGUCUAUCUUCAAUUGAAACCAGCAUCUGCUGUUCCUUCCCACAGGCUAAUUUGGUCUGCAGCUAGCUACUUUUCAUUCGCCUGUUUUUGUGAAUAGGGGCAUUACAUCUGCAGUUUUCCAAAUCGCUAGCGUCACUCAAGAAACUGGAACAUUUUAGAAAAUCACCAUAUAACCAUAUAACAAUUACAGCACGGAAUCAGGCCAUCUCGACCCUUCUAGUCCGUGCCGAACACAUAAUCUCCCCUAGUCCCAUAUACCUGCGCUCAGACCAUAACCCUCCAUUCCCUUCCCAUCCAUAUAACUAUCCAAUUUAUUUUUAAAUGAUAAAAACGAACCUGCCUUCACCACCUUCACUGGAAGCUCAUUCCACACAGCUACCACUCUCUGAGUAAAGAAGUUCCCCCUCAUGUUACCCCUAAACUUCAGUCCCUUAAUUCUCAAGUCAUGUCCCCUUGUUUGAAUCUUCCCUACUCUCAGUGGGAAAAGCUUUUCCACGUCAACUCUGUCUAUCCCUCUCAUCAUUUUAAAAACCUCUAUCAAGUCCCCCUUAACCUUCUGCGCUCCAAAAGACUAAAGCCCUAACUUGUUCAACCUUUCUCUGUAACUUAGUUGCUGAAACCCAGGCAACAUUCUAGUAAAUCUCCUCUGUACUCUCUCUAUUUUGUUGACAUCCUUCCUAUAAUUGGGCGACCAAAAUUGUACACCAUACUCCAGAAUUGGCCUCACCAAUGCCUUGUACAAUUUUAACAUUACAUCCCAACUUCUAUACUCAAACCAUAAAUAUCAUAAACUGGGUAUUGAAAUGACGUUGAGCGCUCCAGACGGAUCCAUGAAGACACACGGGCCAGUCACUACCGGCCUGUUGCGUAAAUGCUAGCCUGACAGACCCUGAUGGAACCAUUAUUAGCUAAAGUUUCCCACCCUGCCCUUGUUGUUCCACACGUUCCAUUCCUCACCGGUUCAGCGUGUAUAUCUCUGUAAAUGCCACAUCUAUAGUAAACCACCUCUCGUUACUACUGACUAAGGAAAAUAAUGAUUCACUGUCUACUGAAGGUAGCCGACUGUAGCGGUGCUUGUGGGACACAGUUGAAGAAUUUUCAGUCGCAGAAUAAAAGCAUCAAACGAUAGACUGGAAAGAAUGUGUAGGAAGGAACUGCAGAUGCUGGUUUAAACCGAAGAUAGACACAAAAUGCUGGAGUAACUCAGCGGGACAGGCAGCAUCUCUGGAGAGAAGGAAUGGGUCAAGACCCUUCUUUAGAUACAGUCACCCGUUCCUUAUCUACAGAGAUGCUGCCUGACCUGCUGAAUUUUAAAAAAGCCCCUGUCCCACUUAGGAGACCUAUACAGCAACCUCUUGUGACCUUUGCCCACCACCCAAGGUUUCCAUGAGGUCUCAGGAGGUUUUGGUCACUCUCCCUAAUGGUGGAAGUUGGUUCCCGCGUGGUUGAGGCUUCAUCUAAGUUGCUGCUUAUUUUCUCAUCGUGAUUAAAACCGGCCUCGACUACAAAUAGGUUGCCCUUUUAAACACCGAUCAUUUUUUAGUGGCAGGUCUAGUCGAAGCCGGUUUGUCUUCAUAGUCGAGGAAGGUUUUCAACAUGUGAGUGGGAGGUGGUAGGAGGUUGCAGGUCACCUCGAACUUGAUUUUUUUUUGGGUGGUGGGCAAGGUCACCAGAGGUCUUCUAAGUGGGACAGGGGGCAUAAUUACUCCAGCAUCUAUUACUCGGUUUAAACAGGCAUCUGCAGUUCCUUUGUUCACAGAACUGGUCACUGCUUUUAUUUCGGGUACUCAGGAUACAUAAACUGGACAACCCGAGAGCAAACAUAACUCUACUGUAUCCAUUGGCCUUUAACUCUAUCCAUGUUGAUCACAUAGGAUUAUAUAACUUUGCACUCAAAGACACUGCCUUGGCAACCGUGUGUAUGCAUUACUUAAAAUAGCAGAAAUAUUUCACAAGAAAUUGUUAAUUGUUACUGAACUCUUGUAGGCUGGAUGUAUAUUUGCAAAUAUUAAAACAAAAUAAAGAACAUUCAAUGCAAGUUUUAAUUUGAAACUA